GGCCAAGUGCCCAUGGGCUCUUGCCCGGCAGCCGAGUGCUGGUGGGGCUCGUUGUGGCCUGACCUGUGGGACGGUGUCGGUGGUGCCCAAGUCUCUUUGCUUCAUAUAAAAGGACUCCACCGCUCCCGAAGGAAGCACGAACCUGCGAGGGCUUCAGUGUUCAUUUCCUGGAAGAGAAAAGAAGGAAAGAAGCCGAUUGAGCCCACAAGGAAUUUCCUGUUUCUGCUGCUUCUCUUUACCUCACAGCGGGCCAGUUAAGUUGGAGAGUUUGUCUGAGAUCAUCUUCCCACCCAAUAGGAAUGAUCCUGUGGUUAGUUUGCAAAAAUGAGACUUGGGAGACCGCUGUUCACUACCUGCUCGGAUUCCUGUGUGGCCUUGGAUAAAUCACUCAGGCCCAAAUCCUCAAAAGUAUUAGAUUCUUAAGAAGUAGAUAAAUGGGUGUGAUUUUUCUUCUGAUGUAAAACGGUUCCAUGUCUUGUUUGGAUUGUUCCUGUAUUCUGCGUACAAGAGUUGAAUCAAUCAGACCAGAGAAACAGUCUGAAAGCAACAUCCAUCAAUAUUUGGCAGAUGAACCUGACCUACUCUGGAUUCCUCCAUCUCCCGGAGGGCAUGAAAUGACAUUUUGCUCUUCCAAUGUCUCUCAUUAUGAACUCCAAGUGGAAAUAGGAAGAGGAUUCAACAACUUAACUUCAGUCUACCUUGCACAACAUAUGCCUACAGGAUCUCAAGUUGCUGUAAGGAUCACAGACCUAGAACGCUGCUCUGAAGACCAUUUAAAAGCUUUACAGAAUGAGGUGGUGCUAUCCCACUUUUUCCAGCACCCCAAUGUAAUGACACUUUGGACAGUGUUUACUGCUGGAAGCUUGCUUUGGGUCAUCUCUCCAUUCAUGGCCUAUAGUUCUGCUAGUCACCUAUUGAAGAAUUAUUUUCCUCAAGGAAUGAGUGAAGCUUUGAUAAGAAACAUUCUGUUUGGUGCUGUUAGAGGGUUAAAUUACAUGCACCAAAAUGGCUUCAUUCACAGGAAUAUUAAAGCUAGCCACAUUCUGAUUUCAGGGGAUGGUCUGGUUUCUCUUUCUGGUUUAAACAACCUCUACAGUUUAGUUAACAGUGGACAGAGGUCAAAGAUUGUAUAUGAUUUCCCUCAGUUUAAUACAUCAGUACUUCCUUGGCUGAGUCCUGAACUGCUGAGACAGGAUUUAUAUGGGUAUAAUGUAAAGUCUGACAUUUACAGCGUGGGGAUUACAGCAUGUGAAUUAGCCAAUGGACAUGUACCAUUUCAGGAUAUGCCUUGCACACAGAUGCUGCUGCAAAAGCUGAAAGGUUCCUCUUAUUGCUCUUGGGAUAUAAAUACCUUCCCCCAUGGGGAAUCCAGGAUGAAGAAUUCCCGAUCAUGCAUUGAUUCUGGAAUUGGUGAAAGCAUGACGCACACAAUGACUAGCGAGAGACUGCAUGUUCCAUUCUCAAAAACAUUUUCCCCUGCUUUCCACAAUUUGGUAGAACUCUGUUUGCAACAGGACCCUGAAAAAAGGCCAUCAGCAAGCAGUUUGCUGUCUCACACUUUCUUCAAACAGGUAAAAGAACAAACAAAGAGUUCAUUACUUUCACUGUUGCCACCUCCUGCCCAAUACAAUAGAUCACAGUUCCUGGCACUGCCCUCAACAGAAGUUGGGACUGAGCCUGGAUGCAUUUCCCAAAUUGAGAGAGUCGCGGAGUGGGAAUUCUAAAAUGAUGCCAAACUGUCAUACCUCCUUCAUACUUCGAAGAAAGAAAAUAUGAUUUCGACUUGCUGCUUUUCUCUGUAUUGAUUUAAAUACAAACAGCAGACAUACUUGAACACACAACUGUGGUAAAGAGACAAAUUGACCUGAAAAAUUCUGUUCCAAAUCUGGUCUUACAACAAUGCAGGAGGCCUCAGUUUCCUGACUGCAAGGAAACCAUCAUAGUAAGGGUGUGUUCAUGCCCUGUCCUCAUUCCUAGCCAUCCUUAUGUGAUAUCACAUAGCAAGGCUGCUGCUGUAUUCUGCUCUGGUACUACAUUUCAUCUAAUGCUACUGCAGUCAACUACCUUCUUGAAUGCAGAUUCAUGUUGAGCCUUCUCCAGUCACUUCAUUAUGGUCAAGGAGCUGGUUCAUUUUGGUACAAAGUCUGAGGAUAAUGCAGCAUAGGAGCUCAGUCAUGGGGUUUUAACUUUCAUAGCAUGCAAUUGAUUUCCUUGAUUAUACAAGUGAAUGUUAGACAUUUUAUACAUAUGCAAUGGCAGGGUUCAUGCUUUUCCUCACCUGUAGUGUCUUAUCCACUUGUUCCAGCUGAAGGAUGUUUUUUCACCCUGGGCUGGUGUUGUCAAGCCAUUUGGACAGUUGUAUACUGUUAUACAGAGAAGUCUACCCACUUUGCAUCUCUCAUUCUUUCAUUAUAUCAAUGCUUUUGCCUUGGUGGUCUCAUCCCAGACUUUAUUUCAUCACCCUAACAAUGAAGGACCUAACAUGAUGCCUGGUAAAACUCAGCUUGUAACCUUUAACUUAAGUUGUCUGUUUCUUCUGAAACACACAUUUUAAAUACUUUAAAUACUUUUAAUAAUAUAAAGAUCUUAGGUUGGACAGUAAAAGUAAUUUACCUAUCCGAAAGUCCUGAAACCACAGCUGUGCAUGUUUUCUUGAAGAAACGUUCCAUUCAAAAAAAUUACAGGCUCACAAGGUUGGAAAAACCGUCCUCUACCUUUGAGGUUCAAUGCUACGUACCUGUAGGCUGGAGUCUUUUGCACAAUGCUGAGUUUUCUAGUUUGUCUUGAAAUAACAUUCAGCCCUGGCAAGAGAAAUUUCCCUUACCCAGGGUCUGUAGUAGCCCUUAAGCAUGUUUUGUUUUUUUCACAUGUUAGAUCAUAACAUUAUGUGAAGGAUAAUUUAAUAAAUCAACAUUACUUAAUAUUAUUACAGAUAAUGAUUCACAAUAGACUGGGAGAGGAUUAAGCAAGAAGACUGAGCAAGGCAAAGGGAGCCCAAAUUUAACUCGAGCCAUAUGUUAUCUCAGAAAAUCAAGACUAUAGCAAAUAUUACUAACACCAUAAUUUUAAUUUAAGCAUGAACAUAGAUGUAAGGUUUCAAAUAAGUAUAAAACACUGAGUUUGUGUUUAAUAACUUUAUUUCAGUUACAUGCAUUGUGUUCUGAAAAGAGAUGAGGCUGUAUGCAAAAAGUGUAGAGUGUACUUCUGCUUUGCCAGUAGGGCCAGACCACUACAAAGAAGAUUGACUUAGGAAAAAAUAUGCAAGCCUGGCAGAAGUGGCAAAUACAGGGGCAAAUGUAAAUCACUGCAUAAGGAAAAAUAUUAACAGAUGAUGAUGGUUAUUCCUUCACUAUUUAUGUGCUUAAAGGAUCUUUGUUUUCUCCUACCUCACUCUGAAAUAUAAAUUGUAAAACCUGCCAAUAAACUCAACUUCUUACCUUUUA